CUCGAUCCAAUAUCUGCGUGCCCUUUUUGGUCUUUUCAACAGUCAUCCCUCCCCGACAAAAUUCUCUCUUGUUUUUCGACAAAGAAAAAAGGGGAGAAAAUAUCUGGAGCAAAAAUGGUUUCCAUUUAUUUCAUAUAAAAUCCAAAUCAAAUUUCUAGCUGAGCCCCAUCACCACUCUCUUCAUCUGGGGAUAACCCAAAAGGAAAUUUGAGAAAAGGGUUUUCUCCCUUUUCUCAAUUUCCUCUUUAUCGUAUAAUUAUUAUCUGUACCCAUUGUACUUUUGUACCAGUUUAUUGCUUUAUGUGUUUGUUCUGUAUUCCGUGGAUUGUGGAGGUAUGGAUUUGACUUCUCAAGCACCUGUUGAAGCUAGCGUGAAUCAGCCACCGCCGGAGACGGCGGCGGCGUAUGUCUCUGAGGUGGACCCUUUUCUCGUUGAGGCUCUUCAGAACCCUCGUCAUCGUCUGACCAUACAUACGGUUAAACAUAUCUCUCCUUUUCCGAUUUCAGUUCUUCGGAUGGAACUCGAUGUACAAAACUUCAUGCAACUUCCUGAUCUGCAUCAAUUCGAGUUUCCCCAUUUCCCCACUUCAUACCUUCGUCUAGCAGCACACCGUGUUGCUCAGCAUUACGGUUUACAGACCAUAGUUCAGGACGUUGUUGAUGGCCAAGGUAUCAGGAUUACUGUAAUAAAAAAGCCAGAGAGUAAGUUUCCUGUUGUCUGCUUAUCACAAGUUCCCGCCAAAGAUUCAGAAAACAAUAAACUCGAUCAAAUCAAGAUUGUCAUUAGACCGAGGCCUAAAGCUUCUUCUAGAGACACCAGUAUGCUGGGGCUUAAAGAUGGCCAAGUAAGAUCUGUGGAAGAGAGGAGGGAGGAGUAUGACCGGGCCCGGGCCCGUAUUUUUAAUAGGCCCAAUAACUCUGAUUGGGAAGAUUCAAUCGAUCGGGAUUCUUCUAAUGAGGCGAAUUUUCAUGUGGAUGAUAAUUACUGUGUUGCGGAUGGGGACAAAAGCCUAUGCAGGGAAACUGAAAGAAUUAUGAUUCUGUUCAAACCCCCAUGUCCCGAUAUAUCCAGUCUUUGUUUAUAUGUGAAGAACAUCCCAACAGCUCAGGAUUUUGGUAUGGCACCUUUUAAUGUGCAGAAAUUUCAACCUCCAUUUUUCCAGUUUGAUUCACUUCACCCACAAGUUGGUCAGAUAUAUCCUCAACAAGUUUCUGUGGACUUUACGACUCCAUUUAUGAGCCCAUACUCUGCCAUAGCGUCAAAUCAGAAUUCUGAGGAAAGUGCUUUAUACGUGCCAUGGUCAACCCAGUCGAUGAUGUAUGCUCAGUCGUACGGUCAACUGAGGCACGCAUUUUUUCAGGUAGUCGAGGAAUGA